UAGUUAGUGAACAAAUAUUGACUGAAAUGAUGAUGAUAAAUUGAAUUAUUAUACAAUCAGAAGUCUCUCACAGGUAGUUAGAUGCACAGACUCGCCACAACAAGGUUCCAUUUACCCCUUAAGACAAAAAAGCACUAGACUUAGAAAAACUAUAACUGCUAAUGUAAUUCAUAGAACCAAGGUCACUUUCUCCUGUGAGUCCAACAAUGCUUCACCAAUGUCUAUAAAACUAGUCUUGUCGGAAAUAACCUGAGUAAAAAUAAAAUAUCGGCAGAGAUUCGUCGAAGCGUUGCGUUGGCGGAUAAUAUUGAACAUGUACUUGCUAUCGCACGUCGGUCGCUGCGCCCCGCAUCUACGUAGCUGAUGAAGGAGCUAUUUUGGGAAACGUCUGCCUCACAGUAUACGCGUGCUAAUCCAACAGUCAACAGUUCUUUGUCUUAUUAAAACAUAUUACUCGUUACCUAUUUUAAAGUCGCGCACCCUCAACCUCAUUUCAGGCGGAUGAAAGUGCGUCUUGUUUAUAAAAGUAUUCCAAAAUGGGAAACGUACUCAGUAGUGCUUCAGCAAGGGUACGUGCAACCGAAAACGUCAUAAGUGAAAAUCAAACAAUGGACAAUAUGUGUGAUUCUAACGAAACAAAAAUAAAUGAAGACAUUGAAGAAUUCUUCGAUACUAUUGAUGAAAAUGAAUUAAUUAAUGAAGAGAAAAUUCGUGCAAAAGCCAAAGAAGACGAGAUGAUUGAAUUCCACAAACAGCUGGAUAUGAAAAGAGAAUUAAGAAAACAAAUUUUGGCUCGGCAUAGAACUGAAAAAGAAGAAUUAGAAAAAUGUUUAGAAAAUGAGAGAAAAUCUAAGUUGGAUUUAUAUGAAAGUAAUAAACAGCUUCGUGAGAUUCUGAUUAAAAAUAAUAUUGAAAUACCUGAACAACUUCAAGAGAGUCAAGAUAAUUCAGAAUUAACAAAUACGAUACUCCAAAUGAAAAAUGAAUUCGAAAAAUUAAGAUCCAAUAAUAAUAAUUUAAGAAAAAAUUUAGCGGAAUCGAAUAGUGCACUACAAAGCGCAUUUUCUGAUAUUGCAGAUUUAAAUUCACAAAAUACAGAGUCAAUUAAACAUAUUAAUGCAUUAAAAGAAGUUGUAACAGUUAGCAAAACAAUGAUAAAUCUUCGUGAACAACAGUUAAACGAGUUAAAAGAUAAACUAAAAGAAAUAGAGCGGUCACUAGCUGAUAGAGAAACAAAUAUGUUGUCCACCGAUUUAAGACAAGAAUAUGAACGCCAAUUGCAAAAUAUUCGAACCUUGCGUGGUUUAUAUGAAGAACGUGCUAGAUUGUCGGAAGUUACAAGACUGGGCUUAGUCCGUGAACUCGAAGAGCAGAAAAUACUACAUCAAGCGGAAUCAAAUAAAUGUAAAAAUCUUGCUGCCAAAGUGGAAGAACUAGAAACAACUGUGGAUUCACUACAUGAAAAAAUCGAUAAUAAAAACGUUCAAAUAACUACUUUGCAAGACGAAACACGUGGGCUAAAGGCUGAAAUGUCCGUUGUAAAUAAGUUAUUCUCCCAAGUGUUACUUGGUUAUAAAACCAAACAGGACUUGGAUAAAUUAGUUCAUCGUCUUGAAGAAAAUCACGGAUUGUUGACUCAUAUGGCAGAAAAAGAAAACGGUUCUGAAGCAUCUACAGCCUUACCAAAACUUCUUUUGGAACUAGUAAGUCAGGUCGAUGAAGGGGAACAAAAAAUAGUCAAUGAAGAAAUAGAAAUAAAAGAAUCACCAGAGAUAUCUACUGAAGAUACAGAAUCUGUAAAUACAUCGAAUACAACACCAGAAGAGAUUGUACAAAAUCUUCCAAAAGUUUGGAGAGUAUUAAUGGAGCUCUUGAGUCAUCAAAACGUUACUGAUGCUAACCCUUCAGAAAAGGUCACAACAUGUUAUAAAUCAGUAGAAACAAAAUCAGGCUCUGUAUUAGUACCAAGUGUUAGUCAAACUUAUAUCAGACUAAAAGAUUUAAUAAUUGAAAAGUUAGGACUGGUCAAAGAAGUUAAUAGAAUGAAACAACUUAAUGUACAUUUAGAGACCCGUCUAGAAGAACAAGAACGAAGACUGUGUCUUGUCACAGCUGAACUAAGUAAAACUUGGCAUGUCGUUGGGAGACUACGCCGACAUCAUCAUCAAUUGCAUACACAUGAAAAAAUUCUAAAAUAUGAAUUACAACAAAAAAGAAAACUACUUAAUGAAUUGAAAGAAGAACUAGAAUAUUGUCGUGAAAAAUGGAUUCAGGCUCGUGAAAAGAAUUCUCAAUCAGAAAGAGACUGGAGAAAACUUAGAGCUGAAUUUUCAAGCAGAAAAACUAAAUCAGGUUCUCCUUCACUUAAUAAUUCCGCUGAAAGUGGCUAUAGUGACGAAAGACCUUCAGAUGACUCAUCUGAAUCCAAUGAUGAAAGUGAAUAUAUAACAGAAUCUCUAUUAAGAUGUAAGAAAAAUAAGAAAUCUUUUGAAACUAUAUUGGAUUCCAGCACAGAUUUCAAUCCAGCAGCUGAAAGAGAGGAUCCAGUUAGUGAUAUGCUUGAUGUUGCCGAUUUACCUUUGGAUAAUCAAGAUGAUAGUCACAGUGAAGAUGUGUUUAAAAGUGAAGCAAGUAAAACUUGCGAAGAGACUGAAGAUGAAAUAGGUGACAUAAACGAUUCAUGUAUUGAAGAAACAUCUCAUAAUAGUACGACUAGUUGUAUAGAUGUUGCUUCUAAUAAUAUUGAAGAGAAUAUUGGACGAUCCUCACAAAUAGACCCGUCUAAUAUAUCAACAUUAAUAGAUCCCAAGGAAAUUUUGAAAAAUAUAAAAUUACAAAAUGAAAGACUUGCUAAAAAAGAUGAAAGGUUGGAAAGUUUAGAGAAAAACAGUGCAAAAUUAGUAAAGAAAACACAAGAUACGGCCAAAUUUAGUGAACAAAUAAACAACACAUUGGAUGAACUUAUCAAUCGACCUACAACAAGCGUAUGUGCUGUAAGUAAUGACCAUACGGUUAUUGACUCUAAAAUAAGAAAUGAUAGUCCGAACCUUCAGAAUUCAGAAUGCGAUUGUCGUGAAGUUUUAAAUAGUACCUCUAGCAAUCUUACUGAUGAUGAAGUCCUAAAUAAAGAAAAGCUUGAUAUACUUCAGUCUAUUCAGAGAGAAAACCAACCAGACAUCCCAAAACUAACUAAUGAUAAUGCCGAGCCUUCAACAUCUAGUGAGAUAAACCAUGAGGCAAGAUUUGCUGCAAGAGACAUACGUUUAAAAAGAUUAGAAGAACAAACAAAAUCACUUGUUAAUAAAGUAAACAAAACAACCACUAAAGGUGUAAAAAUACAUUACAAAUUGGAAGAAUUACACAACAUUUAUGGUUCUGAAAGCUCACGUUCUGGGACACCGUCUGAAGAGAACGAAGACAAUGUUCAGAAUGACGAAAAUGCCUCUGACGUUUAAUAUGUUACUAAUUAUUGUAAAAUGAAUAUUAUUUAGCAUAUUUUAAUUAUGAUUAAUUAAUUGGUAUCUAUUAAUGUAAAAAUAAAACUAUAUUUUUAAUUUACAAUAAAUGUAUUGAAAAUUCAA